AUGUCAAGUACCAACAGUAAUAUUAAACUCCAACCAUGGGGAGAAUUUGCAGAUUUUAACAGAUUUGGUGUUCCAGGAAAUCAAAUCAAAGAAAGAAUUGAAGACAAUUUAAACUUUUAUUCUGGUAAUUACUUAUUCAUUGUUGGUGCAGUUAUUUUAUUAAAUUUAUUUAUGAACAUUAAUCUUUUAGUUGCAGUUGGUAUUUUAACUGCUAUUGCUUAUUUCUUAUUCGUCGUUCAAUCUGGAAGUAAAAAAGUAGGCUCCUUUGUUGUUACUCCAAUCAUUCAAAUGGUUAUUUUUGGUGUUAUCUCAGUUAUUGUCAUCUACAAAAUUAGUGGUUUAACUUUAUUAUAUUCAAUUUUAUUUGCAUUAGUUUUCGUUUUAGCUCAUGGUGCCUUCAGAAUGAGAAACCUCAAAAAUAAAGCCUCCAACUUUGUUAAUGGUAUCAAAAGUGAAAUAAAAGGUGAAUUCAAUUAAAAAUUCAAAAUCCAAAAAUCAAAAUUCAAAAUAUUGACAAUCAUAAACAACAAUAAUAAUAAAACAAAUCAAAAAAAAAAAAAAAAAAAAAUCAAUAUUUUAGCACUUGUAUUAAAUAACCUUCAUUAUCCAACUUAUAUAUAUUCUAUUUUUCAUUUAUCCAUUCUAUAUACAUAUAUUUUUAAUAGUAAAUAAAUAAUUUAUUUGUAUUAUAUCAUCAAAAAAUUUCC